GGAGAUGAAGGGAAACCAAGCACUCAAAAUCAGACAUCAACUUCAUCACCAUUAUCAACAGAAACAGUGCUGAGCACUACAUUGUCAUCAACUUUAAUCUCAUCAUCUACAAAUAUUCCAACAAAAUCUCCGGCAAGUACUUUAUCAACGAAGCCAGUGAUAAAUACUACAGUUAUUCCAACAGUUACAACAACUGUCAACAUCUGCAAAUCCAAUGAGUUUCUGUGUUCAGAUGGUACAUGUAUAGAGAAAGUUCAUGUAUGUGAUGGAAAACUCCAUUGUCCUCUUGGUGAAGAUGAAUAUGAAAAUUGUGAAUGUUCGAGGUCACAGUUUAGAUGUAACAGUGGACAAUGUGUUGACGCUUCAUCUAGAUGUGAUGGAAACCCACUAUGUUUUGAUAAAUCGGAUGAAAUGAACUGCUCUAACUGUACUGGAUUUCAAUGUGCCUCAGGUCAGUGUCUCUGGACAGAUUCUGUAAAAUGUAAUUUUCAUGUGGACUGCAUGGACCUUUCUGAUGAAAUGAAUUGUACCAUGCCCAAUGGAUAUAGGCCAUGUAACAAUGGCUUGUCUGUACACUGGUCCAAAAUAUGUGAUGGUGUCGAUGACUGCUUUGACAACACGGAUGAAAACAAUUGUUCCAUGUGUAACAUUCUAGCAGAGAAACCGUGUGACGACAGGAAGAUGUGUGUAAUGGCAAAAUGGUUCUGUGAUGGUCACAUGGAUUGUUCAGAUGGUUCAGAUGAAAGAAAUUGUGGUGUAUGUGGUAGUGAUGAAGCCCAGUGUUCUGAUUAUUCUUGUAUCUCAGCUCAACAAGUUUGUGAUGGUAUCAAACAAUGCCCGUCAGGGGAUGAUGAAGUUGAUUGUUUAAAACUUACUGAUAGAGGUAUCACAGGUUCAUCAGAUAUUGUCACUAUCAAGUCACAUGAUCAGUUCCUACCAGUAUGUAGUCAUGGCUGGACCUCCAGUGUUGCUGAUGACAUUUGCCGGUACUUUGGUUACAGGGACAGUUUAAGAAGCCGGGAAAUAGAUCAGAUCAAUGCAGGAGUUUCCUUAUCAAAUGGAUUUAUGGUGUUGAAAGAUAACCACAUAAGCUUGUCAUUGAAUCAGAGUUUAUUGGCCAAAUUUGACAAAAAAUCAUCAUGCCCAGGAAAUAAAGUUAUUGGUGUGGAAUGCCGGCAAAAUGUUUGUGGUGAGAGGAAAAUUGAGAUAAUGAGUCCAUUUAUUGUGGGAGGUACACUAGCUCCAGCAGGCAAGUGGCCGUGGGUCGUGUCUAUAACUAGGCUAGGAGAGGGAUGGUGUGGUGGCGUGAUAGUUAAUCAGCAAUGGAUUCUUACAGCAGCACAUUGUAUUGUAACAUCAACAGCCAACUACAGUUUAACUCCACACUUUUUUGAGGUAACUGCCGGAACAAACACACGACAGAGACAUGGUGAUGUACAUUCACAGAGCCGACAAGUUGAUGAAGUUAUUCUUCACCCUAAGAUGAUCCAGUUUAAAACCGGACUUACCGAAUGGGACUUGGCAUUGCUACAUUUAAAAUUACCUCUACUUUAUACUGAUUAUGUGCAACCAAUAUGCUUUCCUGAUGAAAAUGAUGUCUUUCCGACAAAUUCCCAAUGUUACCUUGCAGGCUGGGGCUUCAUAAAUACACAAGAAGUGUCAGUUGAUUAUCUCCGUGAAGGCAAGAUGAGAUUGUGGUCAGAUGCUGAUUGUGCUGCCAAUGGAAUAUCUACACCACUGAACACAAAUUCUACAGUAUGUGCUGGAUAUCGUUCUGGUGCUAUUUCAGCCUGUAAGGGUGACAGUGGUAGUCCAUUGAUGUGUUCUGAUGACAGAGGAAGAUGGAGAGCAAUUGGUGUGAUGAGUCAUGGUGUGAACGGAUGUGAUGGUAGAUCUGUUAAACGUGCCAACAGAUAUGCUAAAGUCUCAACGUCCAUCAACUGGAUACAUACGUCAGUUGGCGGCUGAACAUAUUAUCAUUUAUUUUAAGACUGUGCUUUAAAUUAUAUCAAUUUUUGGUUCUUUUGAAAGAGGACAAAAAAGAUGUUAGAAUGCAGAAUUCUAGAGACUGGAAUUAAGGAAUUUUUUUGUUACGAUGUCAACGAUGGUUGUGACACAUUUUCUGGGUUGUGACAUGCUUACUGGGUCAAGAAUGUUAAACUUACUCAUAAUGUUAGCUGGGUUGUGAUAUGUUUACUGAGUCAAGAAUGUUCACUUGGUUUGUUUCCUGGGUUGUGACAUGUUUACUGGAUCAAGAAUUUUAACUUGGUUUGUUGUUUAUUUGGUUGUGACAUGUUUCCUGGUUGUGAUAUGUUUACUUGUUUGUGACAUUUUCACUGGGUUGUGACAUGUCUGGGUUGUGACAUUAAGUAUUUUCUUUUCAGUUAAGCAAUAAACAAGUUUGUUUGUUGAAAUACCCUAAUUUUUUAUCAGUAGUGAUCAAGGAAACUGUACAAUUGACUGUGUUGGCUUCAAAUGUCACUCAGUUUAAGCUCAUUUCGGACAAAUAUAUUACCUGUUGCUUUGAAGAUAGGUCAUACAUGUAUAUUAAAAUGUUUAAGAUAUUUUAAGAGUUUAAAAUUAGUGUUAUUUGCUAUUUUAUAUGUAUUAUAUGUUAAAUAAAGAAUGAUACAGGACAGUUUUAUAACGUGGGAAACAAGGUUUACCAUGUGAUAAUUUUCUUAUUAUGUCAUGAAAAUGGUAUUUAAUUUUAUAGAAAUACUAUACAUGUAUAUAAUAAUACAUUUGUUAUAAAAAAUAAAGCUGUAGUCAUGAAUCUCUUACUAUCACAAAUGAUCAAAUACUAUUAUUGAACAACUGUAUAUUUUCCUUCUUUUAAGUUUUUUUUUAAAGUUUUUUUUAUCAAUAUUGUCACAUAAUGUCUGACCACUCCAUAAGUUUUUUUUCCACAUGUCUUUCUGUAGUAUUAUGUGCUUUCAAUAAAACAAAACUUUUUAUGUUUAUUUUUACUGAUUUUAAAUGAUUGAAUUUUUUUUAAAUAAAUUAAAAAAAUUAAUUUUUAAAAAUUUAGAUCAUAGCUAUUUUGUGCAAUAUAUCGUAUCACUAGUUUCAGCAUAUCAUUUACAGUUAAGUUAUGAACUUUGUCAUACAUAUCAUAUAUAUUCCUCAUUUUUUAUAGCUAGAUUAUUUCAGCUAUUUUGUUACAAUUGCUCUAUAUCUGGACAAAGUGGUACUGUGCCAAUCGUUAGAAUUAAACUGUUCAGAGGUUUAGAGGUCACAAGUAAGGCCACCUCUAGAAGUCACAAGUUAGGCCAGCUUUAGAGGUUACAAAUGGAAGCUGUAGAGGUCUAAAUUUGAUCCAACUCUAGAGGUCACAAUUUUAUCUAACUCUAGGUCACAAUUUGAGCAUAAGUUAGGUAAGCUCCUGAGGUAACAAACAGAACAAACUCUAGAGGUCUUAAUUUGAUCAAACACUAGAGGUCACAAUUUGAGCCAGCUCUAGAGGUCACAAUUUGAGCCAGUUCUAGGUCACAAUUUGAUCAAACUCUAGAGGUCACAAUUUGAGCAUAAGUUAGGUCAGCUCUUGAGGUAACAAACAGAACAAACUCUAGAGGUCUUAAUUUGAUCAAACUCUAGAGGUCACAAUUUGAGCCAACUCUAGAGGUCACAAUUUGAGCAUAGGUUAGGUCAGCUCUUGAGAUAACAAACAGAACAAACUCUAGAGAUCUUAAUUUGAUCAAACUCUAGAGGUCACAAUUUAAGCCAGCUCUAGAGGUCACAAUUUGAGCAUAAGUUAGGUCAGCUCUAGAGGUAACAAACAGAACAAACUCUAGAGGUCUUAAUUUGAUCAAACUCUAGAGGUCACAAUUUGAGCCAGUUCUAGGUCACAAUUUGAUCAAACUCUAGAGGUCACAAUUUGAGCAUAAGUUAGGUCAGCUCUUGAGAUAACAAACAGAACAAACUCUAGAGAUCUUAAUUUGAUCAAACUCUAGAGAUCACAAUUUGAGCCAACUGUUGAGGUCACAAUUUGAGCAUAAGUUAGGUCAGCUCUUGAGGUAACAAACAGAACAAACUCUAGAGGUCUUAAUUUGAUCAAACUCUAGAGGUCACAAUUUGAGCCAACUGUUGAGGUCACAAGUUAGGCCAGCUCUAGAGGUAACAAAUGGAGCAAACACUAGAGGUCACAUUUUGAGCAAGCUCUAGAGGCCAGUCAUAACUAUACUAAUUGAGGAGGUUUGUCUCGUUGGGAAUUUAUGGACAUUAAUUGAUAAUCGGGUCAUUUAGGUUGAAAGACUAUUAUAUAUGCAACAGGUAUGACCAAAUAUUGUGUUAACUGAUUGUAUUUUUGCUUUAUUUAAUGAUGUUUAUUUUAACAUGAAUUUUUUUACUUUGUUUAUGAAAUUGCAUAUUGAAGAAAAGUAAAUUUUAAUAGCUAUU